AUCCCUGCUUCUCCUACACUGCUCUGGACCAGCCCUGGAGAGCCACUAAUGGAUCUCAAAUGUGGAAUUGUGAUGACAACUUCAACAGAAACGUCUGGUACCGACUGCUGUAUAAUGGAAUGAAUAUCCGGAUGCCAGAGAGCUGCACUAGUUAUUAUAGAUGUGGCACUUCUGUCACCUUUUGGCUGAAUGGUGCUCACCCUCAGAUAUCAGAUGGAAUUAUCACUCGUCAGGCCUGUGGGAGCUGGAUUCAUGGUGGCUGCUGUGAAUAUUCUGUGUUAAUACAAGUUAAAGCGUGUCCAGCAAAUUACUACGUUUAUGAGUUCUUCAGUCCAAACAUCUGCUAUGCAGCUUAUUGCACAGAUGUGAAUUCCAUCACUCCAGUCACUGACCCAAUGAAAAUGAACAGCACAACAGCACCAGUUGUUGUCAACACUCCCAGUUAUGAUCCCUGCAGUAACUACAUUUCUCUGGACCAAUCAUGGAGAGGCACUAAUGAGACUGGAGGAUCCAACUGUGAUGGCUCCACUAACUGGAAUGGAUGGUACCGGCUGCUGUAUAAGGGGAUGAGCACCCAGAUGCCAGAGAGCUGCAUCAAUGUCUCCAGAUGUGGAACUAAUGUUCCUCUGUGGCUCAGCGGUUCUCAUCCUCAGAUAUCUGAUGGAAUAGUCACUCGUGGGAUCUGUGGGAAUUCAGGAAGUGACUGCUGUUACUACAGAUCAUUCCCAAUUCAAGUCAAAGCCUGUAAAGAAAACUAUUACGUCUACGAGUUUGUCAAAACAAGUUUCUGCACUGCAGCUUACUGUGCAGAUGUGAACCCCCAGCUGCCGAUCUCUGCAACAACAGAAGUGCCCCCGAAUAUCACAAUGUCUGAAGGUUGCCAGGCCAACUUUACCUCACAGUGUGGAGCAGAUCUGUUUAACCAGAUUGAGAACAUCACCGCUCAGGUCCUUCCACAAGCGGUAAGAAAUUAA